AUGGGCACAUCCGAGUGCCAACGUCUCCUAGUUACCACUGUAAUGUGCAUUCCAAUAGCGUUUUCCAGUAGGACUCGCGAACCACUUGAGACAAAAACUCCAGUGGCUGGAUUGACCAACUUGGGGAAUACUUGUUACAUGAACUCGGUAUUACAAGCGCUGUACGCUACUAAAGAGCUGCGCGACUUUGUGAUUGGCUGCUUUGAAUCAGGCGGUCAGCUGUAUACGGGUAAGUCGAAGGAUACCACCGAUAAAUCACAGCAGGACGCUCAAGAGUUUCUGCGCUACCUGAUCAACGGCCUGCAUGAUGAGGUGAACAAAGCCAAGUGCAGACUGGUGAAGCGACAACUUGUGGAGCCGAAAUCAUCACAGGAGGCGUGGAACCUCUACCGCGAUCGCAUCGACGACUCCAAACUCAUUGAGCUCUUUGUGGGGCAGUUCUCCUCGGUGAUCAAGUGCACCGACUGCCACAAUGAGAGCACCUGUUGGGACCCCUUCUGGGACCUGUCGCUGGCUGUUCCAAGAUACAGAAGUCGAGUUGAUAUUGAGGAAUGCCUUGCAGCUUUCACCGAGCAGGAAACGCUCGAUGGAAACGAGCAGCCGUUUUGUUCCAACUGCAAGAAACAUCGUCGAUCAACGAAACGUCUUUCUAUAGUGCGCUCACCCAAAAUACUAAUUAUUCACCUGAAAAAGUUCUCCAACGACGGCUACAAGCUGUCGAGCGACAUCACCGUCAACCAAACCAUCACCAUCGAGUCUCGGCAGUACGAGGUCCAUGCGGCCAUCUGCCACCAUGGUUUCAGUGCCAAGAGUGGCCACUACACCGCCUACUGCCACUACGACGGAAAGUGGUUCCACAUGAACGACGAAAAGGUGAAAGACGUCACCGACUCCUUCUCAAUGGCCACCCUCAAGGACGCCUAUGUGCUCUUCUACCGCCAAAAAGACUCAUCCUACUUCAGCAGCAGCAGUGGCAGUGGCAGCACACCCUCCAGUCUCAGCUCCAAGUACUCCUCCCGACUGUGA